AUGGGACACCAGCCACUCGGCAAGCCAUUUCACCAGAAUCGCGACACCCUUUGCUAUGUCACAUCGUUCUCCCGAGACGGCAGCCAUCUAGCAUAUACUGGAGAUGACGGGAAAGUCACUCUCUGGAUGCUCAAAGACAUAGCUCCUCAGCUCCCAGCGCCCACGCCUCCCCAACAAAGUGAUGGACAAAGCACUGUGACCAAGGAGGAAAUACGGUCUAACUCCACGUUAUCAUUUUGUCUGGAUGUUGAUGCUACAGGUGGUGGUGGCUUCACCGAGGAGGCGGAUGAUGAUCCAUACAACAACAACUUCCAGACGAGCCCGUUCCACAAGAACGCUCCAAACGUGGUUUCUUCAGUCGUCACGUUCGCUCAAACUCGUCCCUGGAGCUCGCAACCACGAAACCCAAACCAGUGCCAGAAGGUGAAGUGGGAGAAUGCGAAGGCGAACAAGGUCAAAAUAUUGAUGAUCGCGGUUCCACGUGUAAUUCGCUCAGCGCUAGAAAGGAUAAAGGCAAACAGCGAGAUGAUCCAUCUCGGCGCACAAAGCCCGCUAUCUUAUGAGCGCACUCCUACCGCCCACUUCGAUAGCAAAGAUCAUAGGACACUCUGGGAACGACUACUGCGGUCUCGAGGAAAAAAUUACACGUUUGGUUCCCUGUAUCCCGUUAUUCGACUAGCAAAUACACCUCAACGCAGCACACCAUGCAAUACUUGGCACUGGAAUUCUAGUUUAUUUACAGUAGGAUCUCCCAGACAUCCCGUCGAUGUUGCUGCUUGCCGCGAUGAAGAUCGAUACGGCAUUGUUCCUGAAUCUGACGCAGAAGCGGCUGCAGCCAUGCUACGCACGAAUGACAGUGUGGCCAACAGUUCAACGCAACUAAGUCAACUUGCAAUGGGGGCACAUCCGUCUCAAGGACGGCACACACAAACACAAGCCUCGACAAGCGAACCACAAGAAAUUGAAGUAUGCUGUGCUGUGGGUUUUCCUUCAUCUGUCGUCGGUCCAACCAGUCAUAAGUUCAUUUGCCGAGACACUAUCGCUCGAUAA